AUGUCACUCUGCGAGGUAUCGACUCGGCCAUUGAUUGCAUUCCAGACUCAGCGCCGGCCCAAAAUGCUCCCAUUACUGCUUCUCUCAGCUCUCCCCCUCGCCAAUGCCGCUCCGUCCACUUCCAACUCCAUCGCCUGGAAGAACUGCACCGUCGACAAUUUCCCGGCCCUCGCGACUCUGCCCGGCGUAGGCGCCUACCUCGACCAGCUCGGCACCGCACCACACCUCGACUGCGGCCAACUCAAGGUCCCGCUGGACUGGAACCGGCCAAAUGGGAAGAAAAUCACCCUCGGCAUGGCCCGCUACCGCGCCGCGCCCUCGGGCCAGCGACUGGGCAGUCUAAUCUACAACCCCGGAGGCCCCGGCGGACCCGGGUCGCUUUCGGCGCUGGGGCAGGCAGCGGGGGUGUCUUCGAGCUAUACGAAUGGGACGACCGGGUACUACGACGUGAUCGGGUUUGAUCCGAGGGGAAUCGGGUUGAGUACAAGGGUCAAGUGCGAUCCGGAGCUGUUCAACAAUUAUGUCAGUGUGUUUCCGACGACGCAGGCCGAGUUCGAUGCCCUUGUUGCCAGGAAUAAAGCGCUUGGUGAGAGCUGUCGCGAUCUCACUGGCGAGCUCUUCUACCACGUUGACACGACUCAGGCUGCGCGUGAUCUCGAGGCCGUCCGCGUCGCGCUCGGCGAGGACAAGCUAAACUGGGUUGGGCUCUCGUAUGGAUCUCAAUUGGGAGCUGCGUACGCAGAGCUGUACCCGACGCACGUCGGCCGCAUGGUCCUCGACGGCAACCUGGACCACGCGCAGAGCAGCGAGACGGACGUCCUGCACACCGAAGUCGCAACCUACGAGGACGUCCUGAACCAGUUCUUCAAGUGGUGCGACGGCGCCGCGUCGCAGGAAGAAUGCCCGCUAAAGGGCCAGGACCUCCCGCAACUCUUCGACGACCUCGUCGACGCCGCAAACGCAUCCCCCAUCGACGCCGCAGGCUGCACAGAAACAACCUGCCGCAGCCCCGUCACAGGCGAGGACAUCCUCUUCACCGCACAGGGCUACCUCGUCUACGAAGCAACCUGGCCAGCACUCGCCCAGGUCCUCAACGAUACUCUCGCCGGCGACGCAACGGGCCUCGCCUCCUCGCGCAUCGCCACGGGCCCGGAUAGCCCGUACUACCCGGACAUCGCAAUCGGGUGCCUCGACUGGGCGCACGCCUCGACGACGCUCGCGGAACUUACAUACAAAUCCACCCUCGCGCGCUACCUGGCCCCGCACACGCGCGGCGUAUCGCAAUCCUACCGCUACCAAGUGUCGUGCAUCGGCUGGCCCGCGCCGCUGUCGAACCCGCCGCAUAAACUGGAUGCGAAGAACAUGGCGGCGGCGCCGCCGAUCCUGCUGGUGAAUGCGUUCCACGACCCGAGCACGAGCUACGUGUGGGCGAAUGCGAUGCUCGAGCAGAUUCCGAGUGGCGUGUUGCUGGCAAGGAGCGGGAAUGGGCAUACGAGUUAUGGGCUGGGCGGGGAGGUUGCGCGGCGGAUUGAUGAGUUUUUGGUGCAUGGGACGCUGCCUGCACCGAAUACGGUGAUUGAUGAGUGA